CUCACGUCUGGCUAAUACUCGAGCCUUUCACAUCCGGUCGUCAUUUAUACCAUUAAAUCCGGUUCAUGUACACAAUGCCUACUCGCAUCACCGUAACCUCGCGUCCCAAAGACGCAUCUCUGAAUCCACCAGAUCAUUGGAUCGGCAACCCUCCCACUCAGUUCAAGAAUCCAUGGCCAUCAUUCCGGCAGAAGCACUCGCUGGAAAGCAUACUGCGCGUGCGAUUUGGCCGCGAUAGGAACUUUGUGCCAGUGCCUGAAGAUAAAAGCGAGCUCGUUCAGACCCAGAAUCCCGAUUGGGGGGCAGGAAAACAUGGCCUCAGAGUCACCUGGAUCGGACAUGCCAGCUUCUUCGUCGAGACAACACCUAGCCAGGAUCAGAAACGAGGUAUCCGAAUGCUCAUCGACCCCGUAUUUUGUCAAAGAAUGGGUCCAACAAGUUUUACUGGGCCAAAACGCUUCAUAGAUCCACCAUGCCGGCUAGGAGAUGUGCCUGAAGUAGAUGUUGUUUGCAUAAGCCACAAUCACUACGACCAUCUGGACUUGGAUGCGAUCAAUACUCUCUACUUUGACAAGCGACGGGCGCAACCCCUGCAUUUCGUUUGUGGACUGGGCACUAAGACCUGGUUUGUCAGCUGCGGUAUCCAAGAAGAGCAUGUCACGGAGAUGGACUGGUGGGAUGAGGCUGAGGUUGUCGUCGAAGCCGUGGGAUCUCUUAAACUUGUAUGCACACCCAGUCAACACUCAAGUAGACGAAGCGCUUGGGAUGACUGCAAAAUGCUGUGGUGCUCGUUUGUUAUCGAGGAUCUCGGCUCAACACCGAGCAAAAGGCUCUAUUUCGCCGGAGACACAGGCUACCGCUCUAUUACAGAAGACGACAUUGCCACAGGAAAGGACAUAAGCCAACUACCACGAUGCCCUGUGUUUGCGGAUAUAGGUGCGAAAUACGGGCCAUUCGACUUGGCGCUCUUGCCUAUUGGUUGCUACAAUCCGCGAACCUUUAUGUCUGGGGACCACUGCUCGCCCGAGGACUCUAUAGAGAUCCACGUGGAUAUCAAGAGCAAGAAGAGCUUGGGUAUGCAUUAUGGCACUGUGAGAGGAGGACUCAGUGCCCAAUACGAAGAUGUGCGGGAACCACCAAAGGCAUGGAAGGAGGCGUGUGAAAAACGCGGGCUUAGGUGGGAUGAGGAGAUCUUUCUAUGCAACAUCGGUGAGACGGUUAUAAUUGAGUAAGUAGAAUUAUAGUGCGACUAUUUCGUAUAUUUUCCUCCGUCUCAUCCUUUCAAAAGCUCGUGCCCUUACAUCUCUCUAUCUUUAACAUACCUACCGGCGCUACCGCUAGGAAGUACCUUCUUUCUUGUGUGAUUUACGUAAUACUAUCAG